UUACCCCAUGGGCUCUGACCAACCAAAAACUACAUCCAAACAAUAGCGACCAAGACCCGCUUCUAAUCUCUGCUUCUUCUUUGACUCUAAUGGCGCACUCUUGCCAACUUCCCUGUGAUGGCGAUGGCAUUUGCAUGAUCUGCCUCAAUAAGCCAUCACCCGAAGAGACUCUCACUUGCAACACAUGUGGUACUCCCUGGCACGUAACUUGCCUCUCCUCUCCACCACAAACCUUAACAGAUACUGUCCAAUGGGACUGCCCGGACUGCUCUAUGCUCAAUCCGGCUGUAGCCGGAGGAUCACUGAGUUACUCUGCCGCCCUGAUCACUGCGAUUCGGGCCAUCGAGUCUGACGAUUCACUCUCUGAGUUCGAGAAGGCCAAGAGACGGCAGCAGCUCUUGAGCGGAGGCGCUCCGUCCUCUGAAGGCGAGGAUGCCAAUUCCGAUAAGAAGAGGAUCAACGGUGAUAAUGAUAUACUUGAUAUUUUCGAUGGCGGAUUAAACUGUUCCUUUUGCAUGCAGUUACCUGAUAGGCCUGUUACGACACCAUGUGGUCAUAACUUUUGCCUCAAGUGCUUCCAGAAAUGGACUGGACAAGGAAAGCGCACGUGUGCAAAUUGCCGCAAUCAAAUCCCCUCCAAGAUGGCAAGCCAACCUCGAAUCAAUGCUGCACUUGUUGUUGCCAUCCGCAUGGCAAAGAUGUCCAAAUCCAGUACUGCUGGAGGACCACCUAGUGUAUAUCAUUUUGUCCACAAUCGAAACAGACCGGACAAAGCAUAUACCACUGAAAGAGCAAAGAAAGCUGGAAAGGCUAAUGCUUGUAGCGGAAAGAUCUUUGUCACUGUUCCCCCUGAUCACUUUGGGCCAAUUCUUGCUGAGAAUGAUCCAGUGAGAAAUCAGGGUGUUUUGGUUGGAGAGUUGUGGGAAGAUAGGCUAGAAUGUCGACAAUGGGGUGCCCACCUUCCCCAUGUUGCAGGUAUUGCUGGUCAAUCAACUUAUGGUGCCCAAUCAGUGGCUCUUUCUGGAGGUUACGUAGAUGAUGAGGACCACGGUGACUGGUUCCUUUACACUGGGAGUGGAGGAAGGGACCUGAGUGGCAAUAAACGCACAAACAAGGCACAGUCCUUUGAUCAGAAAUUUGAAAAGUUGAAUGAGGCUUUACGAUUAAGUUGUCGUGAAGGUUAUCCUGUGAGAGUAGUGAGGUCUCACAAAGAAAAGCGUUCUUCUUAUGCCCCAGAAAAUGGCGUACGUUAUGAUGGUAUUUAUAGGAUUGAGAAGUGCUGGCGUAAGAAUGGAAUGCAGGGCUACAAAGUUUGCAGAUACCUUUUUGUCAGAUGUGACAAUGAACCUGCACCGUGGGCAAGUGAUGAUCAUGGGGAUCGUCCAAGGCCUCUGCCAGUCAUCAGGGAGUUAGAGAAUGCCAUUGAUAUAACUGAAAGGAGGAGAUCUCCAUCCUGGGACUAUGAUGAGGAAAAAGGUUGUUGGAUGUGGAAGAAACCUCAACCAAGCAGUAGAAAAAAGGUUGGUGGUGGAAAUCCAGAAGAUGGUAAGAAAAUGAAGAAAGUUAGGCGGCAAGGACAAAAUGUGCUUGUGAGACAAAAGCUUCUGAAAGAGUUAAGUUGUCAAAUUUGUCGGAAGGUGAUGACUGACCCUGUUACCACCCCUUGCGCCCACAAUUUUUGCAAAGCAUGCCUGGAGGGUUCUUUUGCUGGCCAAAGUUUCAUGAGGCAGAGGACAUGUCAAGGCAGACGGACAUUAAGAGUGCAGAAAAACAUUAUGAAAUGUCCAUCUUGUACAAAUGACAUAGCUGACUUUCUUCAAAAUCCACAGGUUAAUAGAGAGUUGAUGGGUGUCAUUGAAUCACUACAACGCAGAGAUGCAGAGCUUGAAAAUUUUGACGAUUCUACUGAAGAAAGUGAUGGUACACAUGAGAAAACACAGGCGCUUGCUAAUACAGAAAUAUGCAAUGCAAAUAGUGAAAUUCUGGAAGAAGCCAAAGCUAGCAAUUUGAUGUUUCAAACAGAAACUAAUCCCCAGCAAACAUACAAGGAGGAGGCAAGUGAUGGAAAUGACAAGUCAAAUGUUGUCACGCAGAAGGAAGGGAUUUUGCUUGAACAACCUUAUAAUGUGAAUUGUGAAAUUGAAAUUGAUGCUAGCAACUCGGAAAUAGCUGACAGUAAAGAACAAACAACCACAGAAACAGUUGAGCAGACCUACAAGAGAAAAAAUACUAAUGAUGAAGGAAGCCAGCUAAUGGUGGAUGCUGCAGUUAAGUCCAGGAGCAAGAAGGCUAAAUUGAUGGUAGCAUAAUUUGAUUUGCAUGAACAUGCGCUACUGUAUAUAUUUAUAUGUGGUUGGUGUGAAGGUAGUUUAUCACAGUUUUUUAUAUAUUGUUUCACAGCUCUUAGGCCAAAGAUUCUGAACUAGUAUUACCGUGAAUUGUGAAUAAUGAGGCCUUGAAAACAUUGAUGAUAAAUAAGGAUGUCUAAUCUUACAAAUUAAGGUAAAUUUUUUAUUUUGGCCA